GCCGAAACCGUGAUGCCCACCAACUCUCAACUCUAGCAGAAUUGCUUACCAACGUGCUCACAGCUACAGUUGGUGACAGGCCCACAGCGCCCAGAAGGGCGCGCGAAGAGCCUAAAUGCGUCGCGCCAAACGCAAACCUGGCUUAGCGGCCACAACAGCGUCAAAUGAUUGCUCAUAUAACACUUAGACAUAAGUUGGAGUGUGUGGAGGCCCUGAGCGGCACCAAGGCUGGGCGCACGAGACAUGGAGGACGCGAAGACUAUCCGUUACGUGUCUAAGGACCCCAUCCAAAACCUCAAAAUCCGCGUGACAUUAUGGCGACUCAGUGUCCAGAAGUCCAAGGCCACGCUGAACAACCCGGGCGCUGUCAACCAGACCCAGGCAGCUGCUCAGGCUGCUCUGCAGUCGCAGCAGGCGCAGGCCAUGCUCCAGCAACACGCGAUGCAGCAACAGCAACUCCUGAUGCAGCAGCAGGCGGGCAUGCCAUUCCCACAGCCACUACCGGCCCAGGUGUUUGUUGGACCUGACGGGCGGCCAUUCAUGCUACCCCCUGGAACAGCGCCGCCGCCAGGAGCGGUUCCCGCGCCGCCUGAGAUGGCCGCAGCCGUGCUUGCGGCUCAACCUCCCGCCGCACCUGCCGGGCCGCCGGGCCAGGUCUUCAUUGGGCCUGAUGGCCGGCCAUUCCUGCUGCCUCCAGGCAUGGCGCCGCCGCCCGGGGCAGUGCCUGCGCCGCCCGAAAUGGCGGCAGCUAUCCUCGCGCAACAGCCCCCUGCCCCUGCACCGGCCGUGCCGAUGGCCGCGGAUCCCAUGGCCGCCGCGGCGGCGGCGCAGGCGGCAGCCAUGGCGGCCGCCGGGCAGGUGCCCGCGGCGGGCACGGGGGUGGGCGCGGCGCAGGCGCAGUACGUCGACCCGCAGCAGCAGGCGGCCAUGCUGCAGCAGCAGCAACAGCAGGCGACGGCGCUGGGGCAGCAGCAGCAGGCGCUCCUGCAGCAACAGCAGCAACAGGCGGCGGCGGCCGUGCAGGCACAGGCGCAAGCCGCGCAGGCGCAGGCGCAGCAGGCACACCAGGGGCAACAGGGGCAACAGGCGCAGCAGGGGCAGGGGCAGCCCAUGCCCCAGCCGCUUCCACCCCAGGGUGCUGCCCAGCCGCAGCCGUUCCAGCCACAGCCGCCGCCGCCCCGUCCCGCACAGGCGUUGGGCGAGUCGGUGGACCUCACGCGGAGGGGCGGCACCGGGGGCGGCAGCAGCGGUGGUGGCGCGCCGCCCUCACGCACGGCCUCUAUCGGAUCCGUCCGCGCGCUUGGCGGCACUGCAGGCGCCGCGGUCGGCAGCCGCAGCGGCCGCGCCCGCAUGGCUUCAGUGCCAAGCUCUUCUCUGCUGGAGUUGACCAGCGCAGCAGCGGCAGCGGCAACGACGACAACAGGCGGAGCAGCAGCUGGAGCAGGAGGGGCAGAAGGGCAACAUACCGGCACGGGGGUACGCGCAGCGGGGCUGACGGCGUCGCCAGCGGCGUCAGGGCCGACGCCGGCGGGCUGGGGCGGGUCGGUGGUGGGGUUUCCGCCCGCGUCCUCGGACCCUUUCGCUAUGCUGGGGCCGGGGCCGAACCCGCCACGGAGGCGUUUUGGCCGAGCCAUCGGCGAGGCCGACGAGGACGGCGCAGACGGCGGCAUCCCAGCCGCCGGUGACGCCGCCGGCGCCCCUGCCGCCGCCACCGGCACCGCCGAGCCUGCCGGCGGCGCCCGCCAGGCCCGCCGCCGCCGCGCCGGCCGCCUCGGCGACGACCAGGCUGGCGAUGCCGCCGCCGCAGGCGGCGACCCCAACGCCGCUGCCGGCGCAGGCGCCGACCCAGCCCAGGCGGCCGCUGCGCAAGCCGCCGCCGCCGCCGCUGCUGCCGCGGCUGCGCCGCCCGGCCUGGGCAUCCUACCCCAGGAGGUAGCCAAGGUGGUGCCGUACGGGACACUGGGUGCGGAGGCACGCAUGGCGGCCACUGGCGAGCCGCCCGAGGUGCCGCCUACCACACCCGUACACCUGCUUCCUGAGAAGUUCAGCACCAGCCGUGUGUUCGGCUGGCAGGAGAAGGUGUACAGCAGGUCGGAGAUUGCCGCGGCGCAGGCCGCGGCCGUCGCUGCCGCCCAAGCCGCGGGUCUGCCGCUGCCGCCCGGCGCUGUCACCGGGGUCACGGGCGCCCCCGGAAUGCCUCCCGGCAUGGCGCCCCCGGGCGGCCCCGGAGCCCCCGGCACUGACCCCAACAACCCCCAGCAGCAGCAGCAGCGAGUGAACAAACGUAUGCAGGCGUUUGGAUCCAGUAGCAACGUCCUCAACAAACAGUUGGACCCGCGCACGCCCGGCUCCAUCCUGUUCACGUACGUGCAGACGGACGAGUUCUGCGACAGCCAGGAGCUGGGCCGCGCCGUGACCACCUCGCCAUACGAGGAGGAGAACCUGCUGGUGUCCAAGCUGCUGUCCAACCCCAAGGGCCGGGCGCAGGUGCUCACCUUCCGCUCCAUGUAUGUCAUGGCGGACCUGGGCGACGAGGGAGACGUCAGCGGAGCCAACUGCAAGGUGCUGGUGUCGGUGCGCGUGUACCCGGACGGCUCAUUCGACAUGUGCCCGGGCUUCUCGCGGCCCGGCUUCAAGUACCGCUUCGAGGACGACCACGGCGGCAUCUUCGAGUACAGUGUGGACAACGCCUCCGCCGCCGACGUGCCCAGCCUGGAGCGCCGCGCCGCCAAGCUGGAGCGGGCGGUGGUGGCGCGCGCCGAGGAGCUGAGGAGGGCGGCGCUGAAGAGCGACUUCGAGCCGCCGCCGCCCGGGCAGUGUGUGCGGCUGCUGCUGCUGGGCGACAUCCUGGCGGCCGCCGACUUCCCUCGCGACCGGCUGUACGUGGAGUACGCGGUGCGCUGGGACCCGGAGGCCUGGGACCUGGUCACGGCCUGGCCGCAGCAGGAGCCGGGCAUUGUGCAGGGCGUGACGCACAUCAGCCGCACCACCAGCUACCCCGCCGACCCCGCCCGCCUGCUGCCGGCCCGCGACGUGGCGCACCUGAACCACCCGCUGGAGCUGGAGUGGGUCAGCCGCGGGGGGCCGCCGCCCGCAGCCAACAAGCUGCCGGCCAUGUUCUUCCAGGUGUGCACGCUGGACAAGCUGAACCGCUACACCAGCCAGGGCUACGGCUGGCUGGCGCUGGCGGACGCGGGCGUGCCGGGGGCGGCCACUCACCGGGUCAAGACAUGGAGGCCGCUGGGCACCAUCCGCGACAAGCGCAAUGAGUUCUUUGUGGGCGGCAGUGCCGAGCUCAACGACCUAGCCUACCUCACCACCCCCAGCGGCUUCAACGGGCGCAUCUUAAACAAGUACGGCUUCAAAACCGAGAGCGUGGGCGCACUCAAGGUGCGCCUCAACACGGUGGCUCAGCGCUUCAACCCGGACGCGGAGGAGGGGCUGGGGCGGGGCGGCCGCCGCUCGCGCUCGCCCUCGCCCGGCCGCGUGCCGCUGGGCCCCUCGGCGGCGGCGGCCAAGCGCAACCAGAAGAAGGACAUGAGCCUCAAGAUGGUGGUGGAGCGCGCGCGGCAGCGGCUGCGUGAGGCGCGCGGCGACGAGGUGCCGGACGCGGCGCCGGGGGCGGCGGCGGACGUGGGCGUGCGGCCGGGGCUGGUGGCGGAGGCGCCCACCAUCGUGGUGCACCCGCAGGACGCGGCGGUGGCGGAGGAGGGCACUGUGCGGUUCAAGGUCGUGGCGCGGGGCCUGCCUCCGCUCAAGUACGAGUGGUACCGGGACGACCGCCGCCUGCUGGCCGCCACUGCAGACCAGCCCGAGCUCAUCCUGGUGCAGGCCUCCCUGGAGAACGAGGGCGCCUACUACUGUCAGGUGUCCAACAAGGACGGCUCAGUCAACAGCUCCAAGGCCAACCUCACAGUCACACGCGCCGCGCGAGUCAGCAGGGCCACUGCGGGAGACGCCGCCGGCGGCGAGGGCUCGGGGCGCACUCCGCCUCGGCCGCCGCGCAACCGCGGCGCCUCCGUCACCUCCCCGGGCAGCAGUGCCGGCGGUGCAGCCGUUGGCGGCGGGCGUGUGGGCGGAGCGCGCAUGUCGCGCCUCGCCAGGCUGGACGCAGCGGCCGCGACGCCCGGCACCCGCGGCACCAGUGUGGACGGCGGCUCGGAGGGCGGCGUGAGCAACACAGGUGCCUCGGACUUGGGGGCGCCUGGCGGCGGCGCCGACCUCCCGCCGCUGCCGCCGCCGCCGCCGCAGCUGGCGCCGGUUGUGACUGGGGCCGCCCCGGUGCCCGCGAGCGAGGCGCCCUUGCCGCCACUGCCGCCGCCCGCGAUGCCGCCCGCCCCAGGAGCAGGCGCUGCAGAGGGCUUCCGCAAGCGGCCCCCACGUGGGCCCUCCGGCAGCGGCGCUGCUCCCCUGCCGCCGCCUGCGCCAGCUGCUGGCAGCGAGAUCGAGGAAAUUGUCCGGGAGGUGGAGGAGGUGGUGGAGGCAGUGCCGCGCCCCAUCGCACGGCAGGGCUCAGCUGCUGGGCCUGCAGCGGCUCCUGCGCCAGCGGCCUCGGGGCCAGCGGCCGCGGUGCCGCCCAAGGCCGCGCCCAAGGCGGCGGCGGCGGCAGAUGACCUUGAGGCUGAGGACAUUGAAUGAGACAGUGUGGAGGUGCCGCCGUGGCGGAACAUGGCUGCGGCACUGGUGGCGAGGCAAAGGCAGAUGGAGGCAAGGGCGAGGUGUGGAGCAUGAGGGGGCGGCAAUGCGGCAGUGUGUAGCUGGCGAGUGGCCGCUAGUGAACCCGGAAGGGAUGUGUAUGAGUUUGUGUAGGUACUGCAUGCGUGGGCGUCAGUGGGCAGUCGUCAGCGCGUGAUCAUUCCAGGGAAGCUUGCCAGCUGUAAGCUGCCGUGACCGCAUGCAAGGUAGUCGAAGUCAUAUGAUACACAGCCGAAGAGUGUAUGAGGAGCAACAUGGAAACGUGUCAGGAGGAGGGGUUUGAAAAUUCAGCUCAUGCGGCAGCGGCUGGGCACAUUGGCUGCAAGAGUCACAGCUGCCAUCGCAGCAAGCAACGUUUGCACCUGUACCGUAAUGUUUGCCACUUUAGUGCAUGUUGGGGCGCUUGGCUGAGGGACUGAGGCGCUGUUAACCCUUGUUACCCUACCGUACGGACCUCACGUAUGUGCGGCCUUCACUCAACGUAUGUUGAGCAGCAGUGCCAAUCAGCCAACCAGGCUGUGCGCAAAACCCGAACAUUACGGCGCUUCGGCAUACUAACACGACAGCAUCGGCACUUCAAUGAUACUAUCUUUUGUAUCUAUACUGUAGCGGUAUGGUGUGGGAAGUCAGCGGCAUAUGCCGAGUCCCUGCACGCAAGCACAUGCCGCUUCCGCAAUCCGCACGCGCUGUAAGAAGUUGGUCAGGCGAAAUGGCGCUCACAAUGGGUAUUACAGGGCGCUUGGUGGAGAAGCGCCCUUCAGGGGCUGUGGCGGGAAGCCCACGUAGACCCCCUCAGUCCUCCGUCCUCACGCCAAUAAGCUCGAACUGCACAGGGGGCGCGCGCGGGCACAGGCCAUCAUGUCGGUGGUUACAGGAUGGUGCCAAGUCAUGGCGGGCGCACAACCGUUCCUAGGC